AUGCCUACGGCCAUGCCUGGCGAGGGCGCCAAGCGUAAGCGAGUCUCGACUGCGCCCAAGCCAGCCAAGCGCCGGCGGUCGUCCGGGGCCGAUGAGGGCGACAACGAGACGGACCCCAGCGCAAAGAUCCUACUGAUGGAGCAGGGCAUCCUGGAGUCCAAGAAGAACUACAAUGACAUUGGCGUCCUGCUCACCACGGCCAAGAAUGGAGGCGACGAGUCGAUGCUGGCAACCGUGGCGCUCUGCCGCGUCUUCCUGCGGCUGCUGGCGCAAGGAUCGCUGGCCUCCAAGAAGUCGCAGUCUGAAAAGGACGGUGUGGUGGUUGGAUGGUUGCGAGACCGGCUGUCCCAAUACAAGCAACUGCUGCUGCGGCUCCUGGCCGACCAAGACUUGGCCGUGACGGCGCUGACUCUGUGCAUGAGGAUCCUCAAGGCCGUGGGCGAGCACUGGUCCGACAAGGACGAGUACUCGUUUCCCACGCCCUUUCUCGAGGACAUGGUCAGGACCAUCCUGAUGUCUGACGGGGAGGACGUGAGACGGGCGUACAUCGAAGAGUUUGCCGAGCAGCAUGACGAUAUUCGCUACUACACGUUCAAGUCAAUGCGGGCCAGCCUCGCCAUUGAGAGCGUCGCAAAGCAGGAAGAGACGCCCGGGGUCCUGUUUGAUCGAGUCUUUUCGCUGCUCUCGUCGCUAGAUGGCGUACCGGCAUCAGCCGACGACCUCGACGACUUUUAUGUUGCGGCGCCGCAGAAGAAAUCCCACCCUCUCCGAUCAGUUGCGCAGCACAAGAAGCAGGCCCAAGAGGCUUGGCUGGCACUGAUGAAGCUUGUCGACACAAAGGUCCAGCGCAAGCGCGUCCUGGACAUCAUGACGACUGUCAUUGCUCCGUGGUUCACCAAGCCCGAGCUGCUGGCCGAUUUCCUCACCGACUGCUACGAUGCGGGAGGGUCCAUGUCUCUUUUGGCCUUGUCGGGCGUCUUCUACCUGAUCCAGGAGCGGAACCUGGACUACCCGUCCUUUUACGCGAAGCUGUACUCACUGCUGGACCGUGAUAUGCUGCAUUCGCGACACCGCUCGCGCUUCUUCCGGCUACUCGACACGUUCCUGGCGUCGACUCACCUGCCGGCGGCGCUGGUGGCCAGCUUCAUCAAGCGGCUGGCCCGACUCGCGCUCAACGCGCCGCCCAGCGCGGUUGCAUUUGUGACGCCGUGGAUCUACAACCUCCUCAAGCGGCAUCCCAGCUGCACGUUUCUGGUGCACCGAGAGAUGCGGGACGCCGAGACGAAGCGGCGGAUCCAGGACGAGGGCUUCCAAGACGCCUUUGUGGCCGACGAGACGGAUCCGAUGGCGAGCGGGGCCUUGGAUAGCUGCUUGUGGGAGCUGGUCCAGCUGCAGUCGCAUUACCACCCCAACAUAGCCACAAUCUCCAAGAUUAUCUCUGAGCAGUUCACCAAGCAGUCGUACAACAUGGAGGACUUUUUGGACCACUCAUAUGCAAGCCUCCUGGAGGCCGAGAUGGCCAAGGAGGUCCGAAAGGCGCCCGUGGUGGAGUUUCACAUUCCGCCAAGGGUUUUUGUUGCGCACGAGGCUGCGAGCGGGACCCCCGACAGCCUGGUGGUGAAGCUUUGGGAUUUCGGCACGCGUGCGUGA